CUACACGUACGAGUUCAUUUCUGAAUCCACUGUAGCGGAGAGCAGUCAGGCCCUCGAUUCCCUCUCCGAGGCCGGAUGGUAAAAUCCAACCUCCAGCGGAUACUAAACAGUCAUUGCUUUGCUCGCGAAAAAGAAGGAAAACAACAGUUCCACACCACCAUGGAUGCUUUAAGUAACGUCAGUAACGUUAGUAUUUGUGACAUGAUUGGCAACCUGUCCCUGCACUGUAGUAGUACCCACGGUCCAGGGCCUCUGUGGUGCUCCGAUGCCCCUCUCCCACCCCUGAAGAUCCCAGGUGGGCGAGGGAAUGGUCAACGGGAUCACACUCCUGCAACUCGAACUUUGCAUUCAGACAUGAAGUUGACGGUAACUGAGGAGGUGGGAGGGGGUGGGCGCCCUGCAAUACUUCACUUCCAGAGCCGCCCCACUGUGUCACGGGUGAUCCACUGGGAGGCUGUACUUAGUGGAGAAGGCCUGUAUGUGGAGAUCCCACAAGACUUACUGCUUGAGGGCAGCAAGGAGAGUUUUGUGUCUCUUCUGGAGUUUGCUGAAGAACAUCUUAAAGUUGUCAGCGUGUUUGUCUGCUUUUACAAGAACAGAGAAGAUUGUGCAAAAUUAGUGCGCACAUUCAGCUUUCUGGGCUUUGAGAUUGUGAAACCAGGCCAGGCCCUCGUCCCACCUCGACCCGAUGUUUUCUUCAUGGCCUACAACUUUGACAGGGAUUCUUCUGAUGAAGAUUAGUUCCGACCUACACCCCUUCCACCUCUCACUAUAUUUCCCAACUACUUCUCACUCUGUGAUUCAAGUUAUCCCUUGCUUAUUUGUUACACUGAAGAAUGUAGUUUUAGAUGUGUUCUCUGUAGUGUGGCUGAUUAAGUUCUCUCUGUCCCCGUCUCUAUAUCUUUCCUGAUCCUUUUCAAUCGUUUCUGUGUUGAAUGGCUGUAUGCCUAUUAUUUAGAUUGAUUGGUGUUACAGAACAAAAGAGGGAAGCUCUUGAAAGGGACUUAAGAGCAUUUUGCAAUUCUCAAAUAUCAGAAAAAAAACAUUUGUUUUGUCAUUUUAUUGUGAAAAUACUCUUGAAUGUACAAACAGGUCAUUCAGUUUACAUUUUGGUACAUCAGUGCUAUAAUUUGAUUGGCUUACAAGAGGAAACAAGAUUGUUUCCCAUUUCAUAUAGCGAUGCAUGGUAAGACCUGAGAUUAACAGAGUGGUUGUCUUAUCGUCACAACAGUAUCUGGUACGUAUCUGCUGGUUGUUGGCCCAAAAGACCAUGGAAGUGAAAUGGAAAAUGUUUGUUGAUUAUGUAAUAACUGAAACCAGAAUCCACAACACUUACAAAAAAAAUGAACAUAUGAGAUGCUGAUGAGUGAAUUGGUACAAAGCUUGAUAAAACAGCCAAAGUGCUUUUGCCUCUUUAUUGUGUAUAUCAGAUAUUUUCUUUAGCAGUAUUUCCAUGCUGUUUUUACUGGUCUAGAAAUUCUUGACUUUUUCUGAUAGGUUUGGAUGAUGUACACCUACAUAGUGGUACCUGAUGUGCUUCUGUAAUAAUAAAAAAUAUUUAGGAAAUACAUAUAA